AUGACUCACAUCUGUUGCCUAGAUCGGGCCACGUCGGAAGGAUUGAACGGCGCAGGCAAUGGCAUCCAAGAGCCGGGACCGUCGCGCGAUCAUUCAAAUCCUCUGUAUUUUGUGGCACUGGCUCGUCUCCAGCUCACUAACCUUCCUAACGCCGCCGAUCUAACACCUCACCGGACUUAUCAAUUCACUGUUCGUUUGGAUGAAGAAAAACAAAUCACAUUUUGUGAUCACCGCGUCUCCAAUGUUUUCACGUCUCCCGCAUACAAUUCCGUCUCUCCUGAACACAUCCUCGGUGCAAAGUUCACUGAUCUCAUCGUUAACCCCGACGAAAUUUCUUCAUUUUGUGAUGUGUUCAAUCAAGUUUGGAAAUCAGAUGGUCGAAAGAUGGAAGUGCCUCUCCACAUACGUCCUCCUUUGAAAUCCUCUACCUCGGCAAAUAAUGAAACGUCUCAGCUUGAUAGGGGUGUUGAUGUUAAGUGUUGCAUCUAUGCCUUCAAGAACCCGUAUAGUAAGAUUGUUGAAUAUGCUGUGUGCACACUGACGUCAAUUAUGGGUCUCCAAGCUUCUACGACACCGAAAAGUGCUCAAGAAAUCUACUACUCAACUUUCACAUCGGCUAAUUCUCAUCGAAGUCAGCAGCAUCACGAUCAGCAACUCCAAGAUCAUAAUGAUAGUGGCUCUCUUUACUGGUGUCCCGUGCAGUGCCCGCCUCUACAACAACAACAACAGCAGAGAAGCUUUGUUCCCGAAAAUGUCGUCUCCACCUCUCAUCAGUAUGAUUUCAGCGCAGCCACUAGCGGUGCUGGAUGUAGUCCAGACGUAACAGUCACUCAACCCAAGUUUCUUGCUACUGAUGAUGAAUAUGCUGCCAGAAUGAGCGAGAGUCGUUCCAUCAAUUCUCACACCCAGUCGCAGUCGGUAGCCCAUCAGCCUUACCUUCAUACUAACUCAUACGCCCAUCCCCAACGGACCGUUUCUUUCACGGCUGCGCCUGUCUACUCUCCACCGUCAUCAUCCGAAGGUGCUGCCAACAGGGCCUCAGCAAUCUCCUACCUUCCCAGGUCCAGCGAUCAGCGAAACGGCGCCGGGAUAGGAGACUGGCACCUAUAA